AUGUCUCUGCGCGUUGACGACUCUAGGUCUCGCACCCGAUCCAAAUCCCCCAGUGGGCGGAUUCGGGAACGCUCAAGGUCGCGUGGGCCGCGGGCACCGUCUCCUCCAAGUGAGAAAACCAAAAACUCCUCUAAAAAGUACUAUGAUUCGGACUCCGCAGAGGAGACCGUUUAUGCUUCAUCGCGGGCGAAGAAAAACUUCUCCUCGUGGGAUGAUAGAUAUCGACAUUCGGAGAUACACAAGGAGCCUGUUUCCAAACAACCUCCCGGUUACUACAUAUCAGAUGAAGAGCAGAUCUUUCGGAUGCACACCAGGCCAGUAGACCCUCCUAGACCAGAUGAAUACCGAUACCAUUCAGACUAUGACCUACGAUAUUCUAAGCAACCCGGGAGUCCCAGGCCAAUAUCAAAAUACGAGCAGUAUUCCGACUCGCUUACUGAUUCAGAGGACGAUGCAUUGGCCUAUGGGGAGAUUCAUCAAGCACACUCCGUGCCCAGUUACGAACGUUUGCGGGACAAGUAUACCAAAUCAUCCAAGCAAUAUCAUGAUUCUGAUUCUGUGGGAAGUUCAUCCAAGUAUAGCCGUCCCCUAGCCAAACUUCGAGGCGAAGAAAUCCCCAAUCCAUCCCGCUACGAUCACGAUUCAAAAUCUCAUCCAAGCUAUGCGCAACCUGAACAUUACCGAUAUUCACAACCUCCCGUUCUUCAUCAGAACUUACCUGGAACCGACCCUCCAAACAAAUAUGGUAAUAACCAAAAUCAAUACCCAAUUGACUGGGCGGAGGUUCCAGAGUGUGAACGUCCUGACUUUGUGCCUCCACGCGACUUCAAUGCUCCUGCCGCCAGUUAUGCUAUACCUGAUCCGUCUCCAGUGCCUCAUGCUCCAAAUUUAACAAGCCAGUAUCCUCCGGCUUCCCAGAGCGGGCAUAACCCACAACAAUAUGAUACUAUGCAAAUACAUUCGUCAAGGCGCCCCGCUCCAACCCCUACAACAGUUCGGGCGGCAGCUUCAGGCCAUCAUCGUGAGCACGCGAAAGAUAGAACUCCAACAACCCAGCAAUACUAUGCCCAACCUCCUUCAUUCCAAUACGCGCAACCUGACCCCAAUAUCAGAUACAUUUCAAAGUCCGCACAGCCGUAUACCCAAAGCUCCAAAAACCAAUUCGUGAAACCGUACGCCCAAACUCCGGAAGCGAACUAUAUUGAAAUCAAGCCCAAAAGCACAACCAGGCGCCCGCAGAGUUUGUCAAUUUCUGCCUCCUCCAAUGAUCAUAUGGCUGUACCUGGUAGUUUUCCAGAUGCCGGUCGUCCUCCUCCCAGUCCUCUACUCGAGCCUUACAAAGGAACUUACCAAAGCAUAUCUCCCAUGCCAUGGCCAACAUCCGUGCCCUCCCACAUGGACGAAGGCCUAUCAGAUCUUGAGCCAUUGGACGGUAGUACAAUCUCUGAUACAGGCUUAGGGAAAUUCAAGAAAAGCAAACACAAAGAUGAUUCCGGGAGCAAGUCAAACAGCAUGUCAGCAACGGUAGAUGCAAAUAUAAAAUUAAUUGCACCCGCAGGCGCCACCAAAAAAGUGUCCUUUUACGAUCCGAAGCCUGACGCGAAGGAGUUGAAAGCCUCCCUGUCACAUUCUAACGUCGAUCCCAAACCCCUGCUUGACAUUCUUCCUUAUCUUACUUCUGAUGACAUACUCGCGCUUCGGGCCCAAUAUAAAAAUAUCGUCAAAUUAGGCGGUAAGGGCAUCAACAUGGCUAAGCAUAUCAAAGUACACGUUCCAGGAAACUUUGGUAAAGUUUGCUAUGCGACAGCGUUGGGGAGAUGGGAGUCUGAAGCACACUGGGCCAAUUUCUGGUACCGAUCCAACAAUUUACGUCGAGAGCUUCUCAUUGAGUCUCUUAUUGGACGAUCGAAUGCUGAAAUCCGAGAGAUUAAGAAGUGCUUUCGCGAUAAGCGAUAUGGAGAUGAUCUUGAGCGGUGCAUGAAAGCUGAGCUUAAGGCUGACAAAUUUCGCACUGCUAUCCUGUUAGCUCUCGGAGAAAGAAGACAGUCUAAUACGGCAUCCCUAGACCACUCGCUUAUUCGUGAUGACAUAUGUGAUCUCCACCGUGCAUUAAUUUCUCGGGAAGGAGGGGAGACGGCAAUGAUACAAAUUAUCAUAGUAAGGGGAGAUGCCCAUCUCCGUGAAGUUAUCCAUCUCUAUGAAGAUACGUACCACAAAAACUUUGCUAGAGAAAUGAUAAGCAAAUCACAAAAUUUAGUCGGCGAAACUCUUGUGCAUGUGCUUAAUGGAGCCCUAAACCGACCCAUGCGCGACGCUCUGCUUCUCCACCAGGCCAUUUCAGAAUCAGGUAUGGGUCGUGAGCGCGCCGAAUUGCUGAUUUCACGGCUGGUCCGUAUGCACUGGGAGCCACUCCACCUAGAACGUGUCAAAUCGGAGUACAAAAGACGAUAUAGGCAAUCAGUCGAAGACGCCAUCGACCAAGAAAUCAUUAAAAAGGAUCAUAAAGAUUGGGCAGAGUUUUGCCUCGGGCUGGUUAAAAGCUCCAGGAUUCAUAUUGCUAAUGGAACAGCGUAG